AAAAAACAAAAAAAACGGAAUGCCAGAGGCCCCGGCAUGCUGGAUCCUAGAGGACCUUUGGUGGCUGCCGUGCGACAGCCAUGGCUGCUGGGGUUUUGAGGAGCACCCUGGAGUGCUCGGUGUGUGUGUGUGUGUGUGAUACCAGUCUGAGAACUUCAGAGCUCCCUGACAGCCCCAGAAGUUCAUUCUUGGAAUGGGGUUGGACUCCAGUCUUCAGGACUUGAUCCCUGCCCCCAGCAGAACCAUCCGGUGAUGACCUCACCUGGGCUCUAAUUCAUUUAUGUGCAUGGAAAUAAGUGCACCAUGUGCGCAGUGCCCAUAAUAGCCAGAGGUGGCUGGAUCCCCUGGAACCGGAGUUACAGGCAGUUGUGAGCUCCCGUGUGGGUGCUGGGAAUCAAACCCAGGUCCUCUGGAAGGGCAGCCAGUGCUCUUAACCGCCUAGCCAUCCCUCCAGCCCCUUGCGUCCAUUAUUCUCCAGAAAGCACUCAGGAAGCAGAAGGCAGCAAAUCCAUCUACAUAGCAAGUUCUAGGCCUGCCAGAGCUACAGUGCGAGACCCUACCUCAAAACGCAUUAAUAAAGAGACUCAAGUGUCCUCCACGGCUAACAAACCCGUAAACCCAGGAUCAAAUCCACUUGCUCCAGAGGGAAGAGCCGUCUACUGUGCCCCUGCUGAUGAGAACAAGACACCAGCUGGUGUAAUAUCGCUCAGGUGGCAUGCACAAGGCCCUAGGUUCAACACUCAGUACUCCCCCAAAACCAGCAUCCCUGCGCUGAGGACGCUGAAGCCAGAGGAUCACAAGGAAUCCAACAAUCCAAAGGGAGGGGCGGGCAGGUGGCUGAGCGGUUAAGAGCAGUGACUGCUCUUGCUGAGGGCCUAUGUUUGACUCCUGGCAGCCCAACGGCAGUCCACAGCGUCUAACUCCAGUUCAGGGGGAGCUGAUGCCCUCUUCAGGCCUCCACACGCACCAGGCACGCAACUGAUGCGCAGAUACACAUGCAGACAAAAUACCCGUCUACGGAAGAAAAGAAUUUGCAAUGUGUAUGGGUAGAGCUCAGGGAGGGUGUAGAGUGUGUGCUGAGGACAUUUGGGCCAGAUCCACUGAGCAGGUGUGCUUUUAGAUCUAAUGGUUCCCUGUGCCACACAGGUGGCCUGGCUGGCGGGCUGGAACAUGAACCCGACAGUACCCUACAGCUAAUGAAGCCGAUAAGCUAGCAAUGCUUGGCAUGAGAGCGGAUGGUGGAAAUGCCCCAAACUAUGGUCCCCAAGAGUAAUCUGCCUCAGACCCUGAGUCUCUCGGUCCCGUGUUCUUGUUAAUAGGCUUUCUACUGAGUCCUCCUGGUUCGAGCAUCUGUGUGGCUUCUCCCGGUUGGACCACAGCUGCACUCAGCAACCAGCACUGUUUGCUUCCCGGGAGACUGCAGGCCCCAGGAGGAUGCCAGUCACAGAGCCUCAGUGCCCUGAAGGGAGAUGAGCCAGGAGAGCUCAGAGGCCUUAACGGGCCUCUCCCACGGGCCCUGGUGUGGGGUGGGCUUGGCCCUGUCUGGCCCUGGGCUCUUGCCCACUGUGGCUCUCACUCCAUUAACAGUAACCAUUUCCUCCCUACUCUCUUCCUCCCUCUGUUCCCACAGGCUCCAUUAUUCAAACUUGGAGGGAGGAAAUCAGGGCUGCACAGAUAACAGACUCGGCGCUGGUACAUUGGGUUCUGCUCCAUCUGACAGUCCUCCAAACCAGGUAGGGUGCAAGGGGUCAACCCGGGCUUGGUGGGCGACGAGCCGGCUUCCUCCCAGCUUAGGUCCCUGGAGAUCUGGGAAGGCCCCACCUGCCGGUCUCCCCAGACUGCUGGCACAGCCUCAACUGCAGAGGCCCUAGGGCAGGGAUGUAAACAGGCAGAAACCCUCCAGCCCCUGGGGUGCAGCAGCGUAAAGCCCAGAGCAUCAGAGUGGGGCGCCUCCCAUCUGGAUGGAGAUGCUAGGCUGGUCGAGGCUCAUGCUCAAGUUGGAGGAGGUGCAGACCCUAGCUCCCGGGCUCUCAAGGCGGUGGUUAUCACCUCUUACUGCUCUCCUAGCUAACCCCCUCUCUCUGGUCCUCCCUUUCUUCUCUGGGUCCUCCCGGGCUCCUCUGACUCCUCUCUGGUUAGUUAGGCUCUGUUCUGAAACGGCCACCUGUGCGUCUUUCUCCUGCCUCACCCCUUUCUCUUCUAGUUGCCCGCUAAGGUCUCCCCGGGUUUCUCUACUCGAUGUCCCUCCACCCCCUCGCAGCCCCUGCAAACAUGCCCUCCACCCCCCACACCCCGCUCGCAGCAACGCCUCCUGGCAGUGGCCUCGAACCAGGCCCUUGGUCUCCCUUCUCUUUCCCCUUUGGAACCCAGACUGGAUCGUUCAUGUCAGCUGGCCUCGGCAUCCCCUUCCCUAGACUUCUCCCCCAGGCUCUCGCAGAGUCAGGGUCCGCGGCUUCGGCCAUCCCUGCACCUUUCCCCAUGGCUCACCAGAAAACCAGCCCUAACUCGCCAGGGCGCGUCUCCCCGUCUGCCUCCCCUUCCCGGCCCCGCCCCGGCUCCUCCCGGCCCCAGGGGCCCUCCCGCCUCCUCCCCUCCCGCCCGCCCCUCCAGACUCCAGCACGGGCUGGGCGGGCAGCCUGAGGACGCGCCGGGGCGAGCUGAGAGUCCAGCAGGGCUUGACCCGAAGACCCCCCAGAGCUGGCGGAAGCCGAACCCAGAGCCCCAGCGGCGGCCCUUUCCCUGGGCCGGGUCAUGCGUUGCCGCAAGUGCCAGCUCUGCCUGUUAGCACUGCUCACCCUCCUGGGCCUCAAAGUGUACAUCGAGUGGACAUCCGAGUCCCGGCUUAACAAGGCGGAACCCCGGGGCACCCUGCUCCGUUCCACGACACCCAAUGCUGAGCCCACCCUGCCCAUCAACCUCUCAGCACGCCUGGGUCAGACUGACCCACUGCCCUUUGCUUACUGGAACCAGCAGCAGCGCAACCUGGGAGUCCUGCCCAGUACAGACUGCCGGACGUGGGGGACUGUCGCUGCCUCCGAGAUCUUGGACUUCUUGUUGUACCCCCAGGACCUCCAGCGCUUCUUGCUGUCCGCAGCCUGUAGGAGCUUCCCGCUGUGGCUGCCCGCAGGCAGGGGCAGCCCAGUGGCCAGCUGUUCGGAUAAGGAUGUCCCCUACUUGCUCCUGGCUGUCAAGUCUGAGCCAGGACACUUUGCAGCGCGGCAGGCCGUCAGGGAGACCUGGGGCAGCACAGUCGCUGGGACCCGGUUGCUCUUCUUGCUGGGGUCACCGCUAGGACUGGGGGGACCUGACCUGAGGUCACUCGUGACAUGGGAGAGCCAGCACUACGGCGACCUGCUGCUCUGGGACUUCUUGGAUGUCCCCUACAACCGCACACUCAAAGACCUGCUGCUGCUGACCUGGCUGACCCAGCACUGCCCCGACGUCAAUUUCGUCCUGCAGGUUCAGGACGACGCCUUUGUGCAUGUCCCCGCCCUGCUGGGGCACCUGCAGACCCUGCCACCCACCUGGGCCCGCAGCCUCUACUUGGGUGAGGUCUUCACCCAGGCCAAGCCACUCCGCAAGCCUGGAGAACCCUUCUAUGUGCCCAUGACCUUCUUUGCAGGAGACUACCCCGCCUACGCCAGCGGAGGUGGCUAUGUCAUCUCAGGACGCCUGGCCCCCUGGCUGCUGCAGGCGGCAGCCCGUGUGGCACCCUUCCCCUUUGAUGAUGUCUACACUGGCUUCUGCUUCCGUGCUCUGGGCUUGGUGCCCCGUGCCCAUCCAGGGUUCCUCACAGCCUGGCCAGCAGACCGCACCAGGGACCCCUGCGCAAUACGAGGCCUGCUGCUGGUCCAUCCAGUCAGCCCCCAGGACACCAUCAGGCUCUGGAAACACCUGUGGGGCCCAGAGCUCCAGUGCUGAGCCUCAGACACAAGCUAGGGUGGGGUGGGGAUAUUGAGCCGGCCCGAGCCCCUCCUGAAUCCUGCCUUGUCGAGGCUAGACAGGGCGGCAGACUGUGCUCCCCUACUUGCUAAUUCUGAAAACUAUGUCCACCCUA